UCAACAAGCACACCCGUUUCAUCAAGUACUCCAGGCACUUCAACCACACCUGCAUCUUCAAGCACACCAGGCUCAUCUAGUACACCACUAUCAACAAGCACACCUGGUUCAUCAAGUACACCUGGCUCUUCAAGCACAUCUGGCUCAUCUAGUACACCAGGUUCAAUAGGAUCUUUUAGUUCCCCGGAAUUACCUACUUCAUCAUCAGCUACUACACCAAAGGUCCCAAGUACACCAGCUGUUUGUGCUUAUGAAGUAGAGUUAACAGACAUUUCGACUACCAAUCUUCCUGUGGGACAUAUUGUUAUAUCUCCUGAUAAGGACAUAACAGGUUCUUCAUUUAAUUUUGUUGUUGGACCUGGUGUCGAGGUUGUUACUGUUCAAGUGAAUGUUCUCUAUGGUGCAAGCAUUGAGUCUGUCUCUAUAAGUGGAACCUUUGUUGAAUAUGAAAUUACUUUGCAAUAUGAGAAUGGAACUCUAAGUCCAUAUCUUCAGAACACAGAUGGGGAAGUUGUCUUUUUACCUAAUUCAGUAAAUGAUUUUAACACUGUUGUGCCUGAGCAUUCAAACAUUAUCUUCACUAUUCAUGGAUCACCCAGUGGUUUCAACGUCAUCUUUGAUGAAUUUAAAGUCUGCCUUCCAGAUACAGAUUUCUGUACAUUGAGUACUAAGGACGUUCUGGAUGCCCUUCAUUUCCUGCCCAUCGACAGCAUACUUGGGAUCAAUGUUGAGAACAAUGAAUUAGUUUACACAGGUGACAAUGGGGACUUUAUUGCAGAAGGUGUUAUUGUGAAUGGCUCAUGUUAUGUUUGCAUAUGUAAAAACCAUCAGCUUGAGUGCACUCAGGUGUCAGAUUGCUCAGAAUGUCCAACAAACAUUACCAGUGAGUGUAAAGGAGACUGUAACAGUGGACUGACUGAAGUGAUCUACUCUCCCCCUGGCAUCCCUGCCCACUGUCAAGUGGAGUCCACACCUUGUGUCCCUGAGGGCUGCACAACCCCUGCCAACUGCCCCACCCCAUGGUCAUCAUGGUCACCCUGCUCCAGUAACUGCCAACAGUUCCGCAAACGCCACUGCGGAGAAGAAUGUGGUGACCUGUGUCACCAGUUCAAUGACACAGAAACCCAGGAGUGUGGAAACUGUGCUAUCAUCUCAACCACGGUAUUUGAGUGUGAGGAUCAUGAAGUGCCAGAAUGUGUCAGCAAAUACGAAGAAUGUAUGGAGUCUUGUGCUGUGUUCAGGAAAGCUUCAACAUGUGAUUCUCUCAAGGAUGAUGAUACAUGUGUUGACAAAUGUAUAUGUGCUGAAGGGUAUUUAAGGGAUGAUGCAGGCAACUGUGUCAAAGCAGAGGAAUGUGAGUGCUAUGAGGGUACUAUGGGUACUACACCAAUCCCACAGUCAUACAUAGUUAAUGUUACACAAUGUCAAACCUGUGAAUGUCUGUCUACUGGAAUAGUGUGCAAGGAACAAUCAAACUGUUGUGAACUAUCAGAAUGGUCUGAUUGGUCAGAGUGUUCAAAGACAUGUGACCAAGGAAUAAAGUCUAGAACAAGACAAAAGUUUGGCAGUGGCUGCCCACCAGAGACACAAGUUGUACAGACACAGUCCUGCAACCUGGGUGAAUGCCCUUGUAUCUUUGAGGGAGAAGAAUGGGAAUCAGGCAAGGUUGUACAAGACCAAUGUCGAGAAUGCUCAUGCAACAAUGGAGCUAUGGAUUGUCAUAUCUAUGACAAUAAUGACAUCUGGACAAAUGUUGAAUGUACAGAGAAAUGUUACUGUAACAGCAGUGGAAUCAUGGAAUGUGUCAGGGACCCUGAGCUGGAGAGAUGCAGAGAAGUUAUACACAACUGUAACAAUGCCACUCACAUCCUGCAAUACACUGAAGGAGAUGAUUGUUGUCCUCAAUGUAUACCUGUGAUGAUACCAUGUACAUACAAAGUCAGCUCCACAGAACCUCUCCAAGUCACUGACAGUGUGUCUGGACUCUGUGUGUCUCAGCCUUUAGAUAUCGGAAUGUGCUCAGGAACAUGUGACUACAGCACAGAUAUGGUUGUCAACAGAAAAUUCCAGUCUGGAAGAUUUGAACUCUUUACUGAACAGAACUGUGCAUGCUGCAAGGCUAGCACAUCAAGUAAAUCAGUAGACUUCCAGUGUGCUGAUGGUACAACCAAAUCUUACCAAGUCUCUUACAUCUCUGGAUGUAGCUGUGACAGAUGCCAAUAGCUAAAGCACAGCAGAAAACCAACAGGAUCACCAUACAGCUUGUUUGUCAGCCAUCUUUGAAAAUAAAUAAAUAUUUUAAACAAUA